AUGUCACCGGAACAAGAAGCCACCACUUCUGGUGGUCAUGCUAACGCUAUUCAUUCAGUUAACAGUCGUAAUACAAACGAGGGCAGUAAGGGUGGCAACAAAUUUGAGCGAUCAAAGGACAACUGGAAUGCACCGAUGGAAGAAAUGAUUGAAGUUAAGUUCAGUCAACUGAACGAUGCGAUGAGCUCCAGCAAACGGAAGCGAGGAUUCUGGCUUGAACUCAAAUUAUUUUUUGGAAUGGUAAGUUCUACGCAUUCGAAUCCGACGAAAAUAAAGGUGUUUCAAAAGGCAACAAAACUUGCAUUGGGCAAUUUUCUACAUUUUUAUAUCUUAACUUCGGGGACAAAUUCAACACAUUUUCCGUUACAUUUUCGUAUGACCGAACAAUUCUUCCAUCGGUAA